UACUGCACUUCCCUCCACGCCCAUGGGUUCGGCUGCCUCCUCCUCUUCUUUUCUCCCAGCCUGGGUGCACUUCGGCCUCUUUGCCCCAGCCUGUUCUCUGCCGGCUCAGGUGCACCAUUAGGCCUGCAUAUUCAUUCCAUUAAUCUCAGGGCUUCUCCUGCCUUCCUGUCUCAUUCCUGCAAGGCCUGCUGGUGGCUCCUUCUCCCUCAGGGUGCGCCGCAGGUGCAGAAGACACAGGUACCUGCCCUGCCCAAGGGGGUGACAAUUUGACACCAUGGCUGGAGGUGAUAAGAGCACGAAGACCCUGAGGGAGGUGUGGAGAAGAGCAGAAAACUCAUUGUGUGCAGACUGCGGGAAGCCGGAUCCUGACUGGGCAUCCUCUACCUUGGGUGUUUUUAUAUGCCUUAGCUGCUCAGGAAUUCACCGGAACAUCCCUAGCAUCAGCAAAGUCAAAUCCCUGAAGAUGGACCACUGGGAUGAUGCUCAGGUGCAGUUUCUGGCCAAGCAUGGGAAUGCUGUGACUAAGUCCAUGUAUGAAGCUCACAUCCCUAUUUACUAUUACCAGCCAACCUACAACGACUGCCAGGUGCUGAGAGAACAGUGGAUACGGGCCAAAUAUGAACGGAAAGAGUUCACUGAGCUUGGAAAACAGCUGCUGUAUACAGAUGGGGUGAAGGAAGGCAUCCUCUGGAAGCGAGGUCGAGACAGCGGGCAGUUCCAACCCCGCAAGUUCCUGUUGUCAGAGAGAGAAGGAUGUCUGAAGUAUUUCACCAAGCAGGAUGCCAAAGAACCCAAAAUCAAUGUCAAAAUAGAUGUCAUCAAUGCUACAUUCCAACCAGAGAAGAUUGGGAAUCCCAAUGGCUUGCAGAUCACCUAUCUCAAAGACAACAAGACUCGGAAUAUAUUUGUCUACCAUAAAAGUGGAAAGGAGGUGGUGGACUGGUUCAAUGCCAUUCGGUCCGUGCAGUUCCAUUAUCUGAAGGUAGCAUUUCCCAUAGCCAGCGAUAAUGAGAUUAAAAGCCGGCUGACAAGAAACUUCUUGAAGGAAGGAUACAUGGAGAAGACAGGUCCCAAGCAGAGAGAGGCUUUUAAGAAGCGUUGGUUCACACUGGAUCACCGCAGGCUCAUGUACUUCAAGGACCCUUUGGAUGCAUUUGCUAAGGGUGAGGUAUUUGUGGGCAGCAGAGAGAAUGGCUAUAGCGUCCAGAAGGGAUUGCCUUCAGGGACACAGGGCAACUUCUCUUGGCCCUAUGGCAUCACCAUUGUCACGCCUGACCGAGAAUACCUCUUCACCUGCGAGACAGAGGCUGACCAGCUGGACUGGAUCACAGCUUUCACAGGCAUCAUCAACCAGGCCAUGACACCACAGGAAUAUGCUAUUGAAGCCUACUUCAAGUUUAAAUCAUAGGAAGCCGGACAGGAACCUUGCUGUAACUCAACUCUACCUGGUCCUGUUGGGUGGGCUGUCAGAAGAGGAGAGAAGAUUGAUGUCAGAGAAACACAGUGCUCUUGCAGCCUACU